AAUUAAAAUAAUAAAAAUAUAUUUUAUUAUUUUAUAAAUCACAAAUAAUCAUACUGUUAAUCUUGAUUAUUAAAAUAAAUUUAAGAAGUUCUUAAAGUGAUUCAAAAAUGAAAUUAACCUGUUGACAAAUUAAUUUGUUUUAAAAAAAAAAAAGAAAACAAAUAGAAAACAAAUAAACAAUGUAUUCAUUUAAACCAUAUCAAUUUAAAACUCAUCAAGCAUCAAGUUCACAAUGUCCACGUGCUCGUAGUGGUCAUAGAGUUGUAUGUAAUGAAAAAUAUUUAUAUUCAUAUGGUGGUUAUAAUCCACAAAUACGUAUUGAUGAUCCUGAAAUGUCAAAAGAUGAUAUAUGGCUUGAAAGUAAGCCAUUAUUUAAAGAAUUAUGGCGUUUUAAUUUAUCAACAUGUGAAUGGAAACGUAUGUCAGGACAAAAAAAUUAUCCAAUUGAAUUAGCAUCAACAGCUGUUAUUUUACGUGGUAAUAAAUUAAUAAUAUUUGGUGGUACAGCUGUACCAUUUGGUGAAAGUUGCAGUAAUCAUUUAUAUGUCUGUGAUAUUAAUGAUGGUAGUAUUCGUAAAGUUGAAGUUAGUGGAUCAUUACCAAAUCCACAAUAUGGUCAAGCACUUAUUUGUCAUAAUAAUUAUUUAUAUACGGUUGGUGGUACAACUGGUUAUGGCUAUGAAUGUCAUAUUCAUAGAUGUAAUCUUAGUACUGGAAUAUGGGAAACAGUAUAUAUAUGUUCUGGUAGUGAUGAAAUGGAACCAGCUGGUAGAUAUAGACAUGAACUUGCUUAUGAUGGUAAAAUGAUAUAUGUACUUGGUGGUGGUACUGUUAAUCAAUCAUUUGGAUUUUUAGAAAUUCCAGCUUUUAAUUUAACAACAAAUAAAUGGACAUCUAUACAUACACAUGGAGAUGUUAAUUGUAAUUCAGAAGUACCACAAGCAAGACGUUGUCAUGGAGCUGUUCAAUAUACUGAUGAUGAAACUGGAAAUAUUCAAGUUGUUAUUUCUGGUGGUUAUACUGGUUUUCGUCGUUUUGAUGAUAUGUGGAGACUUGAUUUAGUACGUCGUCAAUGGACUCGGCUAAAAAGUCAUUCACUUCCAUGUCGUGUUUAUUUUCAUUCUGUUGGUCUUACACCAUUUGGAAAAAUGUAUACAUUUGGUGGUAUUGUCGGAGACAAUAGUGAUCCACCAAAACGAACAAGAAAAGUUCAUUCAAUUUGGUUAAAAAUACCAAAAUUAACAGAAAUAUGCUGGGAAGCAAUUAAUUUUUAUCAGAAAGAUUUAAAAGAACGAACGCGAGAUCAAUUAUUGGAUUAUGGAAUUCCAAUUAAAUUUAUUGAAAGAUUGGAGGAUGAUUAAAUUUAUAUAAAAUUAUAACAAUUAUCAAAUAUCAGAGC